AUGGCUUCUCCCCAGCAAAUCCGCACUCCCAUCACCGAUCUUCUCAAGAUCAACCACCCCAUUCUGUUGGCGGGAAUGAACGUUGCCGCCGGCCCCAAGCUGGCCGCAGCGGUCACCAAUGCCGGCGGUUUGGGCGUCAUCGGCGGUGUCGGCUACACCCCGGCCAUGCUCAAGGAGCAGAUCGCCGAGCUGAAGAGUUACCUCAAUGACAAGAACGCUCCUUUCGGUGUUGACUUGCUCCUGCCCCAGGUCGGAGGAAAUGCGCGCAAGACCAACUAUGACUACACCAAGGGCAAGCUCAACGAGCUGAUUGACAUCAUCAUCGAGAGUGGUGCCAAGCUGUUCGUCUCCGCCGUCGGUGUGCCUCCCAAGCAUGUCGUGGAGAAGCUCCACGCCGCCGGCGUUCUCUACAUGAACAUGAUCGGUCACCCGAAACAUGUCCAGAAGGCCCUGGAUGCGGGUGCCGACAUCAUCUGCGCCCAGGGUGGUGAAGGUGGUGGACACACGGGUGAUGUUCCCACGACCAUCCUCAUUCCCACUGUCGCCAAGUUGGUCCAGGGCCACAAGAGUCCCUUGACGGGCCAGCCUGUGCAGGUCGUUGCUGCCGGAGGCCUGUUCAAUGGCCAAUCUGUCGCUGCGGCCUUUAUGCUGGGUGCUUCUGCUGUCUGGAUCGGUACCCGUUUCAUCCUGUCCGACGAGGCUGGUGCUCCCGAGGCUCACAAGGAAGCCGUGCGCACUGCUGGAUUUGACGACACUGUCCGAACGGUUAUUUUCACUGGCCGUCCCCUUCGUGUGCGAAACAACCCUUACAUCCAGAACUGGGAAGAGAACCGUCAGCAGGAGAUCAAGGAUCUGACCUCCAAGGGUAUCAUCCCUGUGGAGUACGACAUGGAGCACCUGAGUGAUGAUGUCGAUGACGAGACGCUGGACAACGCCCGUCCCUUCCUCAUGGGCAAGGUUGCCGCUGUCGUGAACGAGCAGAAGCCGGCCAAGGAGAUAGUGGACGAGCUGGUCACCGACGCUGUUGCAUGGCUGAAGAAGGGCAACAAGCUGAUCGCCAAGCUGUAA